AUGAGUGAGCAAAUCGUCCACCCCCGCAUUUCUGCGCGAUACCUAGACAGCUUCGUCGGCCGCCAUGUCAUGCUGGUCGGCAAGGUUCUCCAGGUGCAAGGAAAGCAGGCCACUGUCGAUUCCGACGGCACAGUAACGGUCCUUCUUGACCAGCUCUCCGAGGUCGUCGGUGGAAGCUGCGUCCAGGUUCUAGGCAAGGUCAACUCAGACUUGACUAUCAAGUCGUACCAAGCCCAAGAUCUAGGGCCAGACGUCGACCUCGCAGUUUACGCCGCUGUGGUUGAAGCCACCCACAAGCACAAGGACCUCUUCGUCAGUGAAUCCUGA